GGCGUUGAACGCCCCUCAAACCUUCUUGGGGUCUCUAUCGUCUUUAAGAAAAAAAACCAGAUAGUGAAUCGUAUGCUAAUGAUUUAAAGCUACACCAGGGUUCAUAGUGAAAGGUGAAAGUAAAAACCACUUCUUGCAGACUGCUUGAUAUAUUCACAAGGUAGAAUCUGUAGGAUGAGCGUAUUGUAAAAAUAAUAAAGUUUGUUUGACAAGUAUCGUGUCGUCCAAAAUCACAGCUAUCUAUCAUGCAACUGGGACUUCUCAAAUGGCUGCUUCUUGCAGCUGUUGUCGCAACGAUUCUUUCCGCGGCUGAGGGAAAGAAACGCAAACACCGAAAGAAGUCCUACUACACAUACGGCGGCUGGAAGAGCGUCGCCAAACCCAAGUCUCACAAAAGCAAAUCGCAUUCUCAUCACACUCCUAGCCACACGUCUCCAAGUCAUAGAAGCCACGACUCACCUUCGAGGGGUAGUUCGCAAGUCACGGUUCCUUUGAAAGAAAGGAUCGUAGUAGAAUGCCCUGCUCCGGAGAACAGAAGAGUGCAAACGAUGGCCGAGAACAUCACAGCCCUCUGGUCGUACGUGCAGACCAUCGCUCACCCGAUCCACGUGCACGUGCAUGGAGGUGAGGGACACAGGUCACCUUCCAGGAACUAUCAUGGGUCAUCAAAGAGCAAAGGUCAUGGCCACUCUCACGGCAAAGGUCAUGGUCAUUCUCCCGGAAAGAGUCAUAGCCAUGAUCACUCUCACGGAGGAAGUCCUCAUUCCCACGGCAAAGGUUCACAUAGUCACAGCAGGGGCAGCGGAGGAACCAGGUCUCCCAAGUCCAGAAGUGGUAGUCCCGGUCACUCGCAUUCUCCGCAUACGGGAAGAAAUCACGCAGGCAGUCCUCAUCAUAGCCACGGGCAUAGUCAUGGGCAUAGUCGUGGACCUAAUCAGCGCGGACACAGUCAUGGAGGACAUAGCAAUGGAGGACACAGUCAUGGAGGACGUAGCCGCGGACACAGCAAACCUAAAGUGCCUGGGGGUCGUUCCACUCACUUGCACAUUCACGUGACUGUCGAUGGGCCUAGAGGAUGCAUGGGGAAGGGAAUGGGGUCCAAAGGUUGUAUGGGCAGAGGCAAGCCGCACGAGGAGGACGAAGACUACGUGUACGCCAAGUGUGACCUCCCCGGCCCUGGAGUUCAAGGCUCGGUGUGGCUUCGUCAGAAGCCCGGCGGCCCGCUGGAAGUGAAGCCUGAUCUGUCCGGAUUCAAGAACGGCUCCAACAGCAGCAGCAUCAGCAACAGCAGCAGCAGCAGCAACAGCAACGUGGAAGACAGCUACAGCUUUGACAGCGACGAGAGCGACAGCCACAGCAGUCAUGACAGCGACGAGAGCCAUAGCAGUCACGAGAGCGACAGCGAUGACAGUGAUGAUAGCGGCAGUGAGGAGAGUGGAGAGUUUACGAAGCAUGGAAUUCACGUGCACGAAUUUGCAGACUCCGCGGGCGAUUGUUCGGGCUGUGGUGGUCACUUCAACCCAGGCGGUGGGAGCCACGGAGGGGCCUCAGGUGAACACAGACAUGCCGGAGACCUUGGUAAUCUUAAGGUGAACAGUAGGGGAGAAGUCAACAUCAAGUUCCGUGUGACUGACUCAACACUGAUCGGUGCUGAUUCCAUAGCUGGCCGUAGUAUUGUGAUCCAUGGCGCCGCAGACGACCUUGGCAUGUCAGAAUCACCGUCCAGUAAAUCUUCCGGCAAUGCGGGGGCACGUUUGGCCUGCUGUACCAUCAGCUAUGCCAAACCACCCAAAGAUGACGACGACUGGUGAGAGACUAAAGUCUUUUAAAACACAUGGCAGUGCGGCAGAGCAGCAAAGAAUACGCCAGGAGACGAGUUGCCACGGUGGAAAAGAUGUUUGGCAAAGUUAAGACAUAGAUCUAUGAACAAAAAUGUAAGAAAAGGAAAGUAUCCUGAUUAGUGGAGCAUGCUCAUAAUUCAUCCUUACCUGAGUCGGUAUAUUCAGUAGGCUCGUACUGACCUUAUUACACAUUCGAAACUGCAAAUUGAAGAAGUCGUAGCCUGUCCAGUUUUAAAAAGAAUUUAGAAUGACACCCCAGAAUUCAUUGCAGCUCCGACAGUUCUCAACAGGUGCAUGCUAUUUCUUCAGCAGCUGUGACCUGUAACGACUGAGACUUCUUGAAUGAAAAUUAAAUUGAGUAAAUACAAGACCGAUGUAAUGGCUGUGAUUCAGUUUUAUUGUUCACUUUGUCUUCGCUUUAAUAACGUUUGUUCUAUUUGAUAAUCUUCUCUUUAUACGACUCUUUAUCUAUGCUUUGAGCUUGAAGAAGAAACCGGGAUUGCCCAGAUCUCUCGA